AUGUCCACCGCCAAGCCGACCCUCGUCUUCGCCCCCGGCGCCUGGCACACGCCCGACUGCUUCGACAUUGUGCGCGAGCAGCUUCACCAGCGCGGCUGGGCCACCGAGGGCGUGGCCUACCCGUCAGUCGGCGCCGAGCCUCCCACCAAGGGCCUUGCUGAGGACGCGGCCGCGGUCCGCGCCACGCUCCAGCGCCUGGCAGAUGAGGCAAAGGAGAUUGUGCUGGUCGUGCACUCGUACGGCGGCCUCGUCGGCCAGAACGCAAUCGAGGGCCUCGGCUUCCACCAGCGCCAGAAGGCGGGCAAGAAGGGCGGCGUCAUCAUGUUCGUCUACCUGACCGCCUUCGUCGCUCCCAAGGGCGCCACCAUCAAGGCCAUGCUGGGCGGCCAGUUCCUGCCGUGGAUGAAGUUCGACGGCGACUACUGCCGCGCCGACACGCCGGAACAGGUCUUCUACCACGACGUCGAGGCCGAGGGCCAGAAGAAGGCCGUGGGCAGGCUGCAGCACAACUCGGCCCGCAUCUUCACCGACGAGGUCACGUACGAGCCGUGGCACGAGGUCCCGUGCAUGUACUUCUUCUGCGAGACGGACCAGGCGCUGCCGCUGCCCAUCCAGCAGGCCAUGGCCAAGGCGCUGGGCGACAAGGCCGUCACGUACACGUCGGUCGGCUCGCACUCGCCCUUCCUCAGCCAGCCCAAGGAGGUGGUCGACGGGCUCGAGUUCGCGGCCAAGGCCGGUCAGGAAAGGCGGUGA